ACCAUCAACAUCGCGAUCCACUCAAAAUCGAAGACAAAACCAAGUUAAAUUACUGGUUUUCCAAUUUCGUUCUAUAAAUAGCGUUGACAUAAGCAGUAACUUUCUGUCGGCGAUAUCAUCCGAAUGUUUCCGAAAACAGUCGUUUCUUUUCGUGAAAAAGCAUUGUAAUUCCAAUUUUCUCCGAGUGACCUCGGCAGUUUCCGCGCUAACAAAAACUUUGAUGGCGGAAAAGGCCAGUUUUCGCCGAGGACUUACGGUCAGUACCCUUUACGACUUUUACGACAUACCGCAAAUUGGAAGCAAAAGUAAACAAAAAAAUUAAUCGAAAUACUGCUGUCAAAAUUGAACAAUGAAGUUUCUACCCCCAGGGUAUAAUACUAAAGAGCUUGAACAGCCUGCGAAAAACAAAUGGAGGUGGCAAUGGCUGUCAGAAGUCGAUUCGAAGGGUGUGAAAUGGUCCGAUUGGCUCCAAAAGAUAGAAGUAUGUGGUGUGGCUUUUUGCAGUCUGUGUGGGAAAACAAUCAACUACAAAUCAAACGGAAAGAAAGCACUCAAACUUCAUUGCGAAGAUGCAAACCAUCAGAAAAACCAUAGGGUAGUGAAAACCAAUACGGUCCUGCCUGGGUCUUCACAAGCCAGUAAGCAGUCUGAGUCUAUGCUAGACAGGGUCGCCAAGCAACGCGCCAUUACAGCAUCUUUCCUGAGUGAACAUUGCCUGCCAUUCACAUUGGCACCAGAGCUGUUAGAGUUUGCAAAACGGUUGAGUCAAGACAAACAAGCACUAGACAAGACCACCAUUUCUAAGACUAGUGCUACUUACAUAAACACACAUGGCGUUGCAAAAAGUUUGAAGGAAGAACUAAAAGAUAAAUUGAAAGGCCAGGUGUUGUCAUUAAAUUGUGAUGAGGCCACAAACAACAAUAAUGACAAGAUAUUGAAUGUGCUCAUUCAAUACUUUGACGAAGAGACAGGGAAAAUUGAAAUUGCUCAUCUGGGAUCCAGGAAGCAGAACUUAGCGACUGCAGCCAAUAUCUUGAAAUCCCUUGAAAGUAUAUUGGCUGAAUAUGCUAUUGAAUGGACUCAGGUAGUAAGUGUUUUAAUGGAUAAUUGUUCAACAAUGAGGGGAGUACGAGGAGGUGUUGAAACACUUAUCAGACAGAAAAAUCCCAACCUGCUUGAUGUCAGUGGUGACACUGCAGCUGAUAAGCCAGAUCUUUCAAGAUCACAAUGUCUCAGACCAAGCACAGGCAGCCAUCAUCCUUCUUCAGCUGUCAAAGGAGAGGCAGCACAAGUCAGUCACGAGCAAUGAGCGCAAGGAGCGGAUCCUAGACAGUCUUUUCCAUAAUAGGAGGGAAACACUGGUUAAGAUCAAUCUGUUUAGGGGUCUACUGGAUGUGUUUCAAGGGUUUGUGAAACAGUUCCAGAGUGAAAAACCCUUGAUUCACACUCUUCACACUAGAAUGACAGAGGUAGCCACAGAACUGUUGGGAAUGUUUAUGAAACCUGAGAAAAUUCCAGACAGUAUCACUAAGUUGAUGAAAUUAGAUGUCACUGACAGAACUCUCCAGAAACCGGACAGAGGUAUUGGUGUAGGGAAAUAUGCAUAUACUGAACUCAACAAAGCAAGAAUAGACAAAUCAUGCAGGCACUGGGUUCAAAAUCUGUAUGCUAACCUCCGACAUGGGUAUGUCAUGGCUGCCAAAAAAAUGCUAAAAAUGCCAAUUGACAACAAAACACUGCGUUGGAUGACUGCCUUGGACCCAGACUUAGGUAACCACAGUCAAACCUCUAGUGCCUUAAAGCGAUUAGCUAGUUGCUUGCCAAAUGUGUUUUCUGACGAACAGAAUGGGCAUCUAGCUGAAGAGAUUGACAAGUACUGUGUUGAUCCACAAGUGAAGGAUGUGAGGUCGGAGUUCAAUGAGGAGGACAGAAUUGAUACUGGCUUCUGGACCAAAGUGUUCAAAAUAAAAACUUUCACAGAGGUCCGCUACCCAAUGCUGAAGAAGCUUGUUAUGGCUCUACUGACCAUCUUUAGCGGACCUUUGAUUGAAUCCACAUUUAAUAUCAUGGAUGAUAUCAUAGAAAAAGACAGGACCCAGCUAACAGUGGUCAACUAUGAAGCUGUGGCCAUUGUGAAGACUUCCCUAAAGAGAAGAGCUGAAAAAAGCACUAAAAUGAGAGUUAGUAGAAGUAUGAUAAAAGCUUGCAUAAAUGCAUAUGCAUCUUAUCAAGACUAUCUGAAAAGAAAAAGGGAAGAAGUGGAAAAGAAAAGGACAGAGAAAUUGAACAGCUCUAUUCAAAUGCUGAAAUUGGAGAAAGCCAGUAGAAUAGCCAAGUUAGUGAGACUGAAAAACAGAAUAGUCAACAGAAAAAGGAAAGCCACUAGUGGUUCUAGUUGUGGACACCAGUGGAAACGAAUUAAAUCAAUAUAGACAGGCCAUCAAAAAUUCAGUUUAGGGACUCUGAUAUAUUUUGUAAAUGCUUUUAACAAUAUCUUGUAUAAAUUUUAUAUCCACUAGUGAUUCUGUUGGGACACCCAGUGGAAAAGAAAUAUAGGCAGACCAGUGAACAUUUAGUUUAGAGACUUGUAAUAUUUUGUAAAUAUUUUCUUAGCAAUAUUGUUGUAUGUAUUUUAUAUAUGUUUGUGUAUGUACAAGUUAUUAAAUGUGCUGUUUAACUUGAUAAAAAUAUAAUAUAAAUCUUAA